AUGACGAGGAAAAAGGUGAAACUUGCUUUCAUUGCAAAUGAAUCGUCGAGGAAAGCAACUUUUAAGAAAAGAAAAAAAGGUUUGAUAAAAAAAGUGAAUGAACUAUCGACUCUCUGUGGUAUCACUGCAUGUGCUAUCAUCUACAGUCCAUACGACUCCAAUCCUGAGGUGUGGCCAUCCAAUUCUGGUGUGCAAAGGGUAAUUUCAGAUUUGCGGAUGUUGCCACAGAUGGACCAACACAAGAAAAUGGUGGAUCAAGAGAGUUUUCUCAAACAAAGGAUCGCCAAAGCGUCCGAGCAUUUGAAGAGACAAAAUAAGGAUAAUAGGGAGAUGGAGAUGACUGAAGUCAUGUUCCAAUGUUUGGUCGGAAAAAUGGGGAUGUUUGAUCUCAAUAUUAUGGAUCUUAAUGAUUUAGGUUAUUUGAUUGAACAAAAUCUUAAAGAGAUUAAUCGCAGGAUUGAAAUUUUGGGCAAUGCUGGUGUGGAGAUAGGUGAAUCUUCCAAUGCUGCUGCGGCUAUGGCUCCUUCUUCUAAAGGGAUUGGAUCAUUGGCCCUUACGAUGACAACAACCGCUCCAACCACUACGAUUCAUAGGCAGCAGCAUCAGCAACAGUUUCGUCAUCCGGUUCGUCCACAUGGUGGAUUUUAUGAGCGAAUUCAGAAUCUGAAUCUGAAUCAAAAUAAUAACCAGAAUCAGAACCAACAAAAAUGGUUAAUGGAAAUAAUGAAUCAUCCUGAGCAGAUGUGUUAUGCGGCUGAGAAUAUGGGUUUUUCAUUCAUAGAUGAUAAUCACAACUGCAAUCACCACCAACAACAAAUUUCCGGCGAUUAUUAUACUGCUCUGACCAUAGUCAACUCAAGCAGUAGCAUCCCUGUUUCAAAUUCAAAUCCUACCAAUAAUAUAUGA